AUGCGUUUCUCCAAGACCCUUGCCGUGGCCGCUGGCGCCAGCACCGCCAACGCCCAGCGCCCCGCGGACACUCCCAUCUGUGACUACUACACCACGGCUCUGCUCAAGGAGAACACUGCCGACAACCAGGCUACCUUCCUGACUCUGCUAGUCAACACCGUCGUCAUUGGAAACUACACCAUGCCCAAUGUCGGAGUCAGUGUUGCCGGUAUCCUGGCCAAGGGCACGUACAAGGGCAACGACGUCAACCUGCUCCCGUACUUCAACGGUGAGCUCGCGUCGAGCAACCGUGGCGGAGACGCCGGUGUCUCCAUCAACUUCCUCGAUGACGGUGGUGCCGAGCCCCUGAUGAAGAACAAGCCCUCCAACACGGAGACCUCGCAGCAAUACUUCCUGCUCACCCACUUGUACCAAUUCUUCGGCUCCCUGCUCGGCUGCAGCAUGCAGGGCAUGGCCGGCUUCGACGCCUACACGGCUGACCCGUCCAUGUACGACGUGCACAAGUUCAUGGCCCUCAACACGACCGAGGUGGGCUACUUCAUCGAGCAGGUCGGGCUCGCGGCCGCCUCGUUCGGCGUCGCCGACACCGACGUCACCGCCGUCGGCACCGCCCUCAACACCCUCUUCGGCUACCGCUGCGCCCCGCCCGCCACCGCCGUCAAGGCCCAGGGCCCCCAGCUGCAGUCCAUCUGCAUCACCGAGGACUGCCCCAUCGCCCCGAUGGCCGUCUGCGACAAGUACGAGGCUGUCGUCAAGCCCACCCUUGUCUCCAUGUCCAUGAGCGCCAGCGCCAGCGCCACUACUACAUGCAGCUCGUCGUCUUCCAGGAUGGCUACCGCUACCGGCACUGCUGGCAUGCCCAUGGGCACUAGCUCCAUGACCGUGGGCGGCUCAUCCACUACCAUGAUCCCCACCGCCGGUGCUGCUGCCAACGGCCUUAGCCUCGCUGCCGUUGCUGGUGGUAUCGCUGCUUUCAUGCUAUAA